AUGCCAUCCAAAGCCUGCUCCGUGGCCCUGGCCGGCGCUGGUGCCUAUGCGGCUGCCACGGCCUUCCUGGCUCCGAACGCCGCGCCGCAGGUGAAUCAGGAGCUUCAGGUGCGCCACCUGCGCCAGCAGCCUGCCGAGAGCUCUUCCUCCUCCUCCACCGGCGUCAUGGCGCUCGGCGCCGCUGGCGUCGUCGUGGCCUCCGCCCAGGCGGCCAAGCGCACCGUGCGCCGAGCACAGGUGGUGCGACAGGCCACGGCCGUGGCGGAGAAGACCUUCACCAAGAUGCCGGCUUCCGUGAAGCCCGGUGUGGUGACCGGACAGGCCUUGGUCGACCUGCUGAACUAUGCCAAGGACUCUGCAAACCCCACUGAGAACCAGUUCGCCAUCCCCGGCGUGAACGUGGUGAGCUCCAGCAGCGUGAACGCCUGCAUGGAAGCGGCCAAGAAGGCCGGUGGCCCUGUGAUGGUGACCUUCUCUAAGGGCGGUGGCCAGUUCCUUGCUGGCAAGGCCGCCGACAACAGCGACGACGCCGCCUCCAUCGCCGGCACCAUCGCGGGCGCUUUGCACGUGCGUCAGGCGUGGAACCACGUGAUUCGUGGGCCCAUCUCCUUGGCCUCGGAGACUUGA